AUGCAAACUCUACUACUACGAGUGUGGGCAUUGGCUUUUCACCUUACAAUAUCAUGCGUGUUGGUAUCUUCAAACAUAGUCGUCCAAACGAACUAUGGAAAAGUUGAGGGUUUUAAGACUGACAAAACUAUCUUAUUCUAUGGUAUUCCAUAUGCUGCUCCACCAGAGAGGUGGCGACUACCAGUAAAACCCCGAUCAUGGGAACCCUACACUAUACACGCUGACCACCUUCCCCCCGGGUGCCCUCAAGUGUGUGACCAACCACCAAAUGGCUGCCCCGAUACAUUCAGUGAAGACUGUCUUUAUUUGAAUAUCUUCACACCUGUAAACGCAAAUCCGACUUCAGGGUUUCCCGUCAUGGUGUUCAUCCACGGCGGAAGCUUUGUUGAUGGUGGAAUUGGUGCUAGAAUAUAUGACGGCAGGUUUAUAUCGAAUAUGACAGAAACGGUUGUAGUGACCAUUAGCUAUAGACUAGGAGCAUUGGGGUUUGCUGUGUUUGGAAAUGGUAUAGACGGUAACUUCGGUUUUAUGGACCAGCAAUUUGCCCUGCAGUUUAUUCAGGAAAACAUCGGAAAUUUUGGUGGCGACCCUGACAAGGUGACGUUGUUUGGCCAGAGUGCUGGUGCUCAAUCUGUCAGCCUUCAUCUGGUCUCCAAUUCAAGUAGCCACCUCUUCCAUCGUGCCAUCGUCCAGAGUAAUCCAUUCACUCUUCCUUUUAGAAAGCACACAAGUGCUUUGUAUUUAAGUGAUUACUUAGCUGCAUAUCUAGGGUGUCCUCUCAGAGAUGUUGCCUGUAUGCGGCGUUGUACUGCAGACGACAUCGUCCAAGCACAGAAGAAAGCGGCGCUCAAAAUACUCCUUGACCUGUCUAAUCCGCUACAAUUGUUUGAAGCAUGGGGACCAACAGUUGGUGGAGAUCUGAUUCCCAAGUCUCCCAUGGAUGCAGUGCGACUAGGUAUUUUCCAACAAAAGCCGCUAAUUGUAGGCUCUCUCACCGAAGAGGGCAGGUUAUUUGUCUAUAAGGCCUUUACAAGUAGGGUUUCAGUUUUGAAAAGUGUGGAGGUGUUCCUUGCUUUAUUUCGUCAGGAUACAUAUAGAGUUCUACUUCGAUACGUCCCCUACCCAGGGGCUGAUAAUCGUAAUUUACUCGCGCGAUUGUUAACUGACUACGCAUUUACGUGUUCUACGAGGAACAUUACCAGAGAAAUGGUAAAGCAAAGUGUGCCUGUCUUAUAUUCGUACAUUUUUGAUCACGCUUUUUCUUUUAAAGAUGCAUGGGGUAAAUUUUCAUUCUGCCGAGGUCACGUCUGCCACUCUUCUGAUUUACCUUUUGUUUUCCACGAUGCUACACUUGCCGGUUAUAAAUACACCAAUUAUGAGUUAAAUCUCGCAGAUGAUAUGGUUAAGUACUGGGCAAACUUUGCUCAUUCUGGCGAUCCAAACCAACAGUUGUCGAAUAAACGUGAUUAUCUGACAAAAUGGCUACCCUAUACAUCGGCAGAUAAAUGGGCAUAUAUGCACUUUAAAACACCAUGGAGUAAAGUUGAAACAGAUUUCCAAGAGAGCAUCUGUGAUUUCUGGGAUCAAAUAGGUUAUGAACCGAUACGUUUGUGUUAAUAGUGGUUGUACCAAAAAUCCGGUAACGGUAUGCGGUGAACCCACAUUUAAUCAGAAGUUGACUGUCGACAACGAGAAGUAUUGAUGUGAAUACCUAGAACUUAUUUGGCUUAUAGUCAAUUAUAGGCACCCGAAGCGCCCUCGAAUAACAGAUUCGGAACGCAGUGCUUAUGUUGAUUACGUAGAAAAAAAACACCUGUAUUUCUCGUUUGAGACGCGACUUAGAGCUGCAAUGCGCAGUGUUGUGAAAUUGUUUAUUUCUGAAGAUUCCCUAUUAAAUUUACACAGCCAAACAUUGUAAUUAUUAUCAUCAAGCCAAAAUGAAAAUAAAUAACAAUUGUGGUGACGUCACUUUGAUGAUGUUAGCAUUCACAUUGAGACACACCUCAUUCAUGAUACUACGUCAUGUUUUGUAUAGUAUUUUCUUUUAAGGUGAGUUGUGCUUACUACUGUAUAAUUUGAACGUGUUCACAUCUUAUCCAAGUGUAUUGUCCGUGACCAAAAUUCUACAAUAUAUUGAAAUAUAUUCCACCUCUCCAUGUCACCAGUGGCGUAUCUAUGGGAUGCGCGAGGGGGGGGGGGGACCGUCCCCCACCCCUAAUCGUUAAAAAUCACUUAAAAUCACCUUAUUUUGCGAAUUAGCGCCCCUCAACUGAUCAUUGAGCACCCACUUCACCUUCGCGCCUCCCCCCACUAUCAGCACCCCCAUUUCAAGACUUCUAGAUACGCCAUUGCAUAUCACACCUAUUAAACUCUAAUGUUACGCACCCUCAUUCAGCACAACAUAUCAGGAGGUGGCUCUUCCUGGUAUUAACGGUAUUACCAUACGUCUCGUCUCGUAACAACCAACUCCAUUAUGUCUAUCCCAUCUUUUCCCACUCCCGCCUAAAAUGUGCCAUGCUCUUUAAUGCAUCAUCACACAUCUUCCUCCCUCCCUCUAGUUCCGUUGCCUUUUGAUCAAAAGAAUAAAACGUUAUUACAUGUGGUCACUGUUGGAAAACCGGCUCAUUUGCAUCUUUUUGCAUAGGGAUUACAUAACCUUGAGAUACUGCAGUGUAUUGUGCACAAACCGAUGCAUUCAAUGCGACAACAUCCUACCAGAGAUACCCAUUUAUACUCUUGAUUAGUGACAGACAAGCAGACGUAUAGUUAUUUUUUUUAAGAAAGCAGGAGAUUCGAACCACAACCUGUCUGAGAGACACUGUGCCACUUCCACGUUCUACAUCCUGACUGCAUGUGAUAGUUUUUUUUUAAAUUAUUAUUAAUGAUUGCUCACCUGGGAUGUCUAGUAUUGUGGAAUAUCAUCUAUAGAUGCAAAUGAUAUCUUAAACUCACCAAAUCAUCUAAUAUCUUAGAGAAAUAACGUCUGCCUUUCAUGUAGUGUAACAUAUUUGGAAGUCAAUCUUGCAGGUGUAAUAGAGUAGGGUUUACCUUUAGGUUUAGUUUACGUUUAAAAGACACCAACCUAUAUACACAUAAUUCUUCAAGCGAACAAAAUACUGAUCAAUCGUGUCUCAGAUGAUGAAACUGCAUUUUAUUUAUUUGAUCACAUAGAUUAAGUUGUAGGCCUAUUUUAAAAUAAUGAAAGUAUUGAUGAUUAUUAUGAACCAUAUAGUUUUAUGUAAUUGUGAUAUUGUAUAUUGAUGAAAGCAAUAUUUUGGGUUAGAAGAUUGUGUAUCAGGUUGUGAUUAUUACUUAUCUGUUAGUAAAUUGUACAUUUAUUGUGGUAUAUAAGUUGACAUUUUACUUUUAACUGAAAGUAAUUAACGAAUUAUUAAUUAAUUAAAGUUAUG